CCGGGGCUGCCCGUAGUCCCGGAGUUUAAAACAAAGCAAAGCCCGGGCGGCCUGGAAGGGGUGCGGAGAGGAGCACGUUAAUUACAGGCACGGUUUAUGUAACAUCCGCUGGGUGCGCUCGGCGAGCCCGGGGCUUUCUGUGCAGCGUCCCCAGGAGUAAAAUCCGCACCGAGGCAACUUGGCACGGGGCUGGGAAGCGGCGGGGACGUUACCGCUUCCAGGGCUCGCUCCGGCGCUGUCCCCUGGGCUUUGGAGUACCUGCGGCCGGAGCCACGGGCAGCCUGAGCUGGAUUUCCUCGCGCUUCCCCGCAGGCGCCGCGGUGUCGCAGUGCCCGGGACCCCCGUGCCAUGCUCACAGCCCGCAGGAGCUGGGCUCCGGGACCCGCCGCCUCUGCGGGAGCUGCGUGGAAACGGGACCCUCGGCCAGACGGACGCGGGCAGGACGUGCUCGUCGCUGGGAGCGAAGAGGAGUUCUCUGCCCAGGUCCCUCUGUUGCCUGUGCUGGUCCAGCAUAAAUUCUUUGGUGUGAGCUGGCCAGACUCUGCAAGCCCACGUGGUGUCUGCCUGGCCCUCCAGGUCUUGCCGGAGAAGGGCUGGAGCCCAUCCCUGACGGAGGCUACGGAGGAGCCACCAGCAUCCCCCCACGAGCUGGCCACCACCGUGCCAGGGCAAGCAGCCUGCACCAUGAACCUGGAGAAAGCCGGGGGCAGGUUUUGCAGUGGGAAGCGCGCCAGCCUGCCGGCCCCACAUCCCUUCCCUGUGAUCCAGAAGGUGGUGGCAUCCAUGGCGCACCUGCAGGAGGAGAAGCUGCGGCUGCAGGAGGAGCUGCUGGCUCUGCAGGAGAAACUGGCUGCCCGGAAGAGCGAGGAGCUCGCCGUCUCUGUCCAGCUGCAAGGGCAGGUUGAAAACUUGAAGGCGAAUCUCCUGGACCAAGCCCAGGAAAUCAGCAGGCUGCGCUCAGAGCUGCAGGGCGGCACGGACCUAGAGAAGCACCGGGACCUGCUGGCAGCCGAGAACGAGCGCCUGCGGCAGGAGAUGAAGGCACGUGAGGGGGAGCUGCGGGAGCUGCGGCGGCAGCAGGCACAGUGCAGGGGCUGCACCCACCUCCAAGAGAACGCCGGGCUGCAGGAGCGGCUGUCCCAGCUGCAGCGGGAGGCAGAGGAGGCACGGGCCAAGCUGGCAGAGCUGGACGUGGAGGUGCAGCAGAAGACGAACCGCCUGGCUGAGGUGGAGCUGCGGCUCAAGGACUCGCUGGCCGAGAGAGCCGAGGAGGAGGAGCGGCUCAGCCGGCGGCUGCGGGACAGCCAGGAGACUAUUGCCAGCCUCAAGUCCCAGCCCCAGCAGAUAAAGUACAUCAUCAAGACAGUGGAGGUGGAGUCAACCAAGGCGAAGCAGGCCUUGUCAGAGAGCCAGUCCCGAAACCAGUACCUGCAGGAGCAGGUGGGGAUGCAGAGGCAGGUGCUGAAGGAGAUGGAGCAGCAGCUGCAGAACUCCCAGAAGACAGCAGCUCAGCUCCGGGCCCAGAUUGCAAUGUAUGAGUCUGAGCUGGAGCGGGCCCACGGGCAGAUGCUGGAGGAGAUGCAGGCAAUGGAGGAUGAGAAAAACCGUGCCAUUGAAGAGGCGUUUUCCCGCGCCCAAGUGGAGAUGAAGGCGGUGCACGAAAACCUGGCAGGUGUCCGGACCAACCUGCUGACGCUGCAGCCAGCGCUGCGUACCCUCACCCAUGACUACAACAGCCUGAAGAGGCAGGUCCGGGACUUCCCCCUGCUCCUCCAGGAGACCCUGCGGAGCGCCAGGGCUGAGAUCGGCCAGGCCAUCGAGGAGGUGAACAACACCAACCGGGAGCUGCUGCGGAAGUACCGUCGAGAGCUGCAGCUCCGCAAGAAGUGCCACAAUGAGCUGGUGCGGCUGAAAGGAAACAUCCGUGUCUUCGGUCGGGUCCGUCCCAUCACUAAGGAGGACGGUGAGGGUCCGGAGGCAGCCAAUGCGGUGACGUUCGAUGCCAACGAUGAUGCCGUCCUUCACCUCCUGCACAAGGGGAAGCAGGUGUCCUUUGAGCUGGACAAGGUCUUUCCACCGCAGGCAUCCCAGGAGGAGGUGUUUCAAGAGGUUCAGGCCCUGGUUACUUCCUGCAUUGAUGGCUACAAUGUCUGCAUAUUUGCCUAUGGACAGACAGGGGCAGGAAAAACGUACACAAUGGAGGGAACCUCUGCAAACCCGGGGAUCAACCAGCGGGCCCUGCAGCUGCUCUUCUCUGAGGUGCGGAGCAAGGCAUCUGACUGGGACUACGCCAUCACUGUCAGCGUGGCUGAGAUUUACAACGAGGCACUCAGGGACCUGCUGGGGAAGGAGCCCCAGGAGAAGCUGGAGAUCAAGCUGUGCCCUGAUGGCAGUGGGCAGCUCUAUGUGCCCGGGCUGACCGAGUUCAGGGUGCAGAGCGUGGAGGACAUCAACAAGGUCUUUGAGUUUGGCCAUGUCAAGCGGGUGACAGAGUGCACCAACCUGAACGAGCACAGCUCCCGCUCUCAUGCUCUCCUCAUCGUCACUGUCCACGGCCUCGACCGCAGCACGGGACUGCGCACCACAGGGAAGCUGAACCUGGUGGACCUAGCCGGCUCGGAGCGCGUCGGGCGGUCAGGCGCAGAGGGCAGCCGGCUCCGCGAGGCGCAGUACAUCAACAAGUCGCUAUCAGCGCUGGGGGACGUGAUCUAUGCCCUGCGCUCCAGGCAGGGCCACGUGCCCUUCCGCAACUCCAAGCUGACCUACCUGCUGCAGGACUCGCUCAGCGGGGACAGCAAGACCCUCAUGAUGGUGCAGGUCUCCCCCGCCGAGAAGAACACCAGCGAGACACUGUGUUCCCUGAAGUUCGCAGAGAGGGUUCGCUCUGUGGAGCUCGGCCCCAUCUCACGCAAGGCUGAGCUGGCGUCCUGGCCCAGCCAGGAGCAGCUGGAGGGGGACGUGCCAGGGACUGCAAUAUCCUCCAGCCGGGGCCAUGCAUCGCCCAGCCCAGGGCCACCCAGUGGCCGUGCUACCUCCAUCCGCAGGAAGCUCCAGACCUCAGGGAAGCUGAGGCCAGUCCCUGUGUGACAGGUGCUGACUUCUAGCACCAGGCCCGCUACAAGACUGGGCUGCUUGCUGGAGAGCUGUCUGCUGGCUGGAGAGGGUGAAGGCUUUGGUGCGCUCCCCUUGCCCACCUCAGUGCCCCAGACCCACCAGGAUCCGUGACCGGGGGUAGUGGCAUCCCUUCCUGCCAUGGCACCGCUUCCCAUGAGACAUACAGCUCUGUGACUUCUUUCUUGGUGGACGGAUGCUUUUAGCCAGGAGCAGGAGUGGGAAGCUGCUGGGUGCUCCCUCCACCUUUCCAGCUUUUUUAGGACAGUUGUGCUAUCUGGCUGGAGGGAUCAGAACUGCACACAAGCUGGAGCUGGGUGGUCCCUACCUCACCAAGCUGGGAUGCUGCUGCUAUAGGAGCCUGGCACAGUCCCGAGGUACAGAAUGAGGCAUGGGGUGCGCUUGGCUGUGCUUGGCCUCCCAGAAACAAGGUUCUACCCUGCUUCAUGUUAUGGCCAGGCACCCACCCAGCAUCUUCUGGAGCAGCACUUCCCAUAUUUGAAGCUAGAAAAAGCCCAGCAACUCCUUUCCCCAUAGGUUUCAAGCCCUGUUGCACAAAGGUCCGUGCGUGCGCUGAACUGCUGGGGUCCCAUGCUGGCCCACCCUGGGAAGCUCCAGACGGAGGGAAGAGCAGGCACGGGUCUGCCCGUGUUUUGUGGCAGCUGUGUGGUCUUAGCAGUCUUGAAGGAAGCUAUUGUAAAGUUAUUUAACAGUUGUCUUCUCAACAGCGAUCGCAGUGUGGUCAAGGUGAAAGCGUUUGAAAUAUUUAUAUCCCGUUUACAUGGUCGUGGAAUGAAAAACAAGUGCGAAACAAACCUCCAGCCCAGACUUAUUAGCUUACGUGUUGUGACAGCAGCUGGUGGGGUCAGGGGGGAGGCAGCACAAGAGCCUGCACCCCUCCUGGGACAGCCAGCCCUAGGUCACUUUCUUCUCCAGCAAACACCUGACUGGAUCCUUCCUGCCAUGGCCAUCUCCUGUCACACUUCCACACUGUAUUCUUUAAAAAAAAAAGGGGGGGGGGAUAAAUCUAGUCUUUUGUAAGAGUAGAUUUUUCUAUGUAUUUUAAUUUAAAAAACAAAACAAAACGUUUUAUAACAAAACUUAUAUUAAACUGUUAAAGCCA